UACGCGCUAGAGACGCCGUUGCUGACGGCCGGCGGAGGGUUUUGUGAGAGCCCCCCCCCCAUGGAGGCUCCGCUUCAGCGGGAAUCCCCCCGUCGGGUACCGGAGACCCCUCCGACGUCCCCGGGGCCGCCGCCCCCUCCUCCGCCGCCGCUGCCGCCGCCCCCGCUGCCACCACCGCCAUCCAGCUUGCCGCCGCUGCCGGGCAAACCGCAGCGGGAGGAGAAAAGAGCGGCUCUGAGUAAAGUAGUUAUACGGCGGCUACCUCCUAGCUUUACCAAGGAGCAGCUGGAGGAACAGCUACAUCCACUUCCUGCUCACGAUUAUUUUGAAUUUUGUACCUCUGAUCCCAGUCUUUAUCCUCAUCUCUACUCAAGAGCAUAUAUUAAUUUUAGAAAUCCUGAUGACAUCCUUCUUUUUAGAGAUCGCUUUGAUGGCUAUGUCUUCAUAGACAGUAAAGGUUUAGAAUAUCCAGCUGUUGUUGAAUUUGCACCAUUCCAAAAGAUUUCUAAAAAGAAACUGAAGAAGAAAGAUGCAAAAGCUGGAAGCAUAGAAGAUGAUCCAGAAUACAGAAAAUUUCUAGAAAGUUACUGUGCAGAAGAAGAAAAAAUAUGUGCUAACCCUGAGACUCUGCUGGGAGAGAUUGAGGCAAAAACAAGAGAACUCAUUGCUAGAAGAACAACACCACUUUUGGAAUAUAUUAAAAAUAGAAAAUUAGAAAAACAGAGAAUCCGAGAAGAGAAAAGGGAAGAACGAAGGAGAAGAGAAUCAGAAAAAAAACGCCUAAGGGAAGAUGAGAAGCGGAAGCGCAGAGAGGAAGAAAGGCGUAAAAGAAAAGAAGCUGAAAAGCAAAAGAAAAUGGCUGAAAAAGAAAUAAGGAUCAAGCUUCUUAAGAAACCUGAGAAAGGCGAUGAGCAAGCCACAGAAAAGCACAGAGAAAAAGAAAAAGCUGACAUAGACGAGAGUAAAUGGGAGAAAUCACCUGGGCACGGGAGUAUAAAAUCUAAACCCCUGGAAGGUUCACUGAAGGAACUUAAGGAAAAGUCUCAAAAUGAUAGUGAUAAAGAGCAAAGAGAUUCAGAGAGAAGAUUUCGUGAAAAAGAACCUGAGAGACAAAGGUAUCGCCUGGAUGAUAGCCGAAAACACAGAAGUCACUAUGAAUUUGACAAGUUUGUGAGAAGGAAUGAAGAUGAGGUGAAGUGGGGAAAAGGAUACAGCCAAGAUCGAGGGAAGAAAGUGAACUACAACUACAGCUUCACUGUGGACACAGUAGACAAACUGGGUAAAGAGGACAAGUGUGAUGACAUGGCAUCCAAAAAGGAGCGCAUAAGAAAUAAGGAUCGGCCAGCCAUGCAACUAUACCAGCCAGGAGUUCGCAUUCGAACACAUACGGGGUCUACAAGUAGGUCCUAUGACUGCACUGAAAAGUCUUCAGAAGAAGCUUAUGAUAGAAAGUAUGAAGCAGACAAUUCACCAGGAGGUGGUUCUGAGAAGAGCGAAGAGGCAGAAUAAAACAACAUGGACAGAAACUUCAGCAUUUAAGAUUUAGUGUCCCGCAAAAUAUUAUAUGUUCUCGGAAUUGGCCCACCAUUACCAAGAAAACUUUUUUUUUUAGUUUUCUAGUAGAAGUUUAGGCCACAGGCAACGUUACAUAAAUGUUACAAGAGAAUAUCAUCACUGUGCACUUACUCUGUUUCUAGCUAUAUGCAUGUGAAGGCAUCUUUCAUUCCAAUGCAUAUAGAUACAUAUUUGAUGGUAUGUUAUGAUAGUAAUAGCAUGACUUUUAAAGGCUGUUCUUCAGGUGGAUUUCAUUGCCAUUAUCACUGACAUGUUACGCAAAUACAUGCCUCUAUACAUAAUGGAGUGAUGGCUCACAUAGGCAUAGGGCAUACUGUGGCUUAAGAAGUGGGAAGGGUAUUUAUGACACAAUGUUAUUGAAUAUUACAGUAGAAUUCAGGAUUUCGAAGCUUCUGAUAGUACCAAGCAUAUAUUGAGGUUUGUGUUUUGCAUAAAACUUUUCUGAAAUGUUCCACUCUAGGGGAAUUCUUUAAAGCAUGCAUUUCCAUCAGUUUUAACUGAGGCAUUUUAUGUUCUAUGAAUUGCAUUAACAGGUCUCAGUAUGACAAGACCAUGAGAAUACGACAUUAUACAGAGUGUAACUGUAUUUAGGUCAGUCAGGAGAAUAACACGCAAGUACAUUACCCUGGUCCUGUAAGGAGUUAAGUCCCAGUUUAGUAAGUGCAUUGCUGCAUAAAGAACUAUAAACAACAAAUUACCCUUGUAAUUAAGAUAAUGUUUAAAUGAUUAUUACAGGACAGUACUCAACUGCAGGAUCAUGGGUAAUUAAAACGCACAAUUUGCACAUUUGUGUCCAGUGUCUGCAGGCCUCAGUACCUCAAUCCAUUUACAUUGGUUUUCAGGGGUAAAUGAGGCAGAAAGGCAGCAUGAUCCAUCUAUUAUAUUUGGGGUUGUGCCAAAUUCCAGUGAAGGAGAGUGGGAAGAUUUAAAGCCUAGCAAGUGCAGGUGGGAUGGGAGUGCUAAAGCUUUCCUUCUUCUCGCCAAAAGCUGCUUCUCCCUCCCAGCAAGCAGCUAAUGGGUUGCAGCUUUGGGUCAGUUGCUCCUGCCUCCAAGUGCUUUUCUUCCACCAGGAGUUACUUUCAGACUCAAAACCCCAUCUGAAGAAAAGCAGCUUUGGGCAAGCAGUUUCAAGGGAGAAGGGGGGGGGGAGUGGGUCAUCACUUUCUGCCCACCCUGCUUUAUAGGAAUCCAGAAGCAACCCAUGGGUCUGGUGCUGUAAUGUCUAAUUUGCUCUUUCAUUUGCUAGAACAUCAGGUAAGUGUCUUGUGUUCUUUUGUUUCCGAGUUGCUUUUGCCUUGUAAAAGGUUUUGUAUGUUUAGACCAGAGAAAAGCCUGAAUGUUUAAUGUCUGUCAUGAAAUAGCAUAUUUAAAGGUUUCGCCACUUUUUAAUAUGUGAUAUAAGUGACAUUGUUUUGUACUGUAUGUUAAUAUUUCAUAUAGUAUGUUUUUACAUAAGUCACCCGUGGGAACACUUAUGUUGAUAGGUAAAAGCUAUGGAAAUAGAAUGUGUUUGAGGGAAUAAACUGCUACGACCGUUCCCUCUGUUUAUUGUGCUCGUUAAGAAUCCAUUUUUUGUGUAUAUAUUCUUGUUCUUAGUAAGCAACUGCACAGGCCUUGAUAUCAGAGCAUCACUCUGACAAUACUGAUAAGCUUUUUGUUUACCUGAAACACAGGUCUUCUUUUGACUACUUUUUUACAUCAUGUCCUCAACCUUUUUUUACUGUCCUCCUAUCAGCAUUUGAUUGUUCUAAUGUAAAUAAAGGGGAUCAUCUGGACCUUCAACCACUAGAAUAUUAAACUGAAAUCUGAUAAUCUGAA